AAAUGUUGAAUGGUAUUUCUGUAAAUUCAGUUUACAUUUCAUCAAACCUCUCCCGACUCUCCCUGUCCACUCUAACUCCAUUUCUCGGUCCAGAAGCAGAGAGCGACUGAACCAAAGCAUCGUCCGUAGAGUUUACAGUUCUUAAUUUAUCAAAAAAUGGACUGGGGUUCGAAUGGUGAAGAACCCACUUCCUGGGAAGAGCUUUACAGUAUUAAUUUGAUACCAUCAGAGUUGUUUCUCAAGUUCCGGAAAGAAGUGCAAGGUUUAAGGGUCGGCCUCAAUUUGGAGUUCUAUAAUGCUCCAUGCAAUGAGUUUCAAGGAAAGCUUGUCUUGAAGCCCUUAGCUCCUGAACGGAUGUGGAAGUUCAUCUAUGAGCCUAUCCAUCAGGAUGUUCGUAUUCUUUCAAAAAAGAUUCCUCUAACUGGAUAUUUGAAUCUCCAGGUUGGAGUAGGCCAUAAUUUUCAAAUGAAUGCUACUGGAUGGAAAUGGAAACUUACUACAUGUUUUGGUGGAGAUGGUAUAUCUCGGAUCCGGAAUAAGACAUCUCUUGGUGUGUGCCCUGGUGUGGAUAUGCGCUUUGGGUGGAGGGCUGAUUAUGUACUUCCAGAAGUUACUGGGGCUCUGGGUACUGGUGAACCAUGGUUCAACAUGAACUCAGGAAAGUUGCAAGCAUCAUUAGAUAGAGUUGAGACCAUUCUAACCUAUACUGACAUCUACAAUUUCUACAAGCCUAAAGACCAGGAUCAGCAGAGACCUGAAACUGAUGUCACAGAUGUAACUACUUAUUCAAGCGGUUAGCCUUCCUCAAUAUGGAGGGACUUUCAUGCAAUGGGCUUGUUAAUGUUUUAUCACGCAAUGCCAUCAAUAGGGGAGAGGGGAUCGUAUGUCAAUGGAUCAGGAUGCUGCAGAUUUACACAAGUACUUGUACAUGCUGUUAUUUCCUUGAGCUGAGUGUAGUUGCACACCAAAUGAUGGUUUAUCUACUUUUGUUCUUUUGCUUCAUGUAAAUGAUAUUUAACUUUCAAUCUGUUAUAUGUUCACCUGGUCCUCUAUCUUCUUCCUGGGUGCUACCAAUGCCUUUACAUAGUCCUUGACAUGAAUUGAAAUUCUCUUCUUGGCCCUCAUAGAUGCCACCAGUCAUGUAUUUUGAAAAAGAGUGCUGUUGUAACCCUUCAUCAAAGUAUUCAUUUCACUUUGAAAUAUUAGUGGCUGAGUUAAUUGA